AUGACUUUACGAUCUUUGUGGAGUACCUGGAGUAUGCUAUUGCUCCUUGGUCAUAUCCUACCCCUGUGGGCAACUGAAAUUUCCUGCAGAAACGAAGAUGGCAAGCCAGUUGACUGGUACAUUAUUUAUAAAUUACCAAAGUAUAUGAGAUACGAAGCUGCUGGAACUGGGCUAGAAUACAUGUUUAUGGAUUCUCUCACUCAAGGCUGGAAACUAAGUAAAUAUUUGAUCAACAUGACUGAGAGUGCUCUGGGACAAACAUUACAGCAGCUCUACCAAGUUUAUGAGUCUAAGAAAAACAGCACUGCGUAUGUGAUGUACAAUGAUGGUCCGCCAGGCAAAAUGAAUUACACUUGGAAACGUGGACAUACUAAAGGAUUUCUGCUUUUGGACAAAUCCCAAGGUUUCUGGGUAAUUCACAGUAUUCCUGAGUUUCCUCCAUUUCCUCAGACGGGUUAUCAAUAUCCCUCCACUGGACAGAGAAAUGGACAGACAGCAAUUUGCUUAACAUUCCAUUAUGAUCAGUUUACAAAAAUAGACAAACAACUGUUAUGCUACAAUCCAAAUGUCUACAACUGCUCCAUCCCAAAAAUCUUUUGCCCAGAGCUAUUCAAUCUGCAAGUGAUGUGUGCAGGGUCAAGGCUGCCUCCGAUCCAUCAGAAGCAGUGUCUCACCAAACUCCACUCAGCCCAAGGAGAAAGUCUCCUGAGCUUUGCCAAAACGCACAGUUAUAAUGAGGAUAUCUACUUAAACUGGAUGGCUCCAGAACUGGAAACAGAUUUGUUAGUAGAAUCCUGGCAGCGUAAGGGACGUGAAUUCUUCUCAAAUUGCUCUCUUCAUUACCAUGUCUAUAACACAAAUCUAAUCAAGACAUCAUGGAAUUCUUCCUUCUCCUCAUAUUAUGAUCAUUCCAAGUGGUGUGUCUCUAGGAGGUACGAAGACCAAUGGGCAUGCAUCGGAGACCUAAAUUAUGCACCUCAGCAGGCUAAGAGAAGUGGCGGCUUCAUUUGCACUCAGAAUCAGUACAUUUACAAAGCAUUCAGGCAACUGGUUGAUCGUUAUUAUGGUUGUCGUAUCUCGUGA